GCAGGCAUUUUAUCGCCGAGUCAGACGUCAGUAAGAGGCGGUAACCGAUCGGCUUCUGAUCGAGCCAAUAAAACGCGGCAGGAUGAGGCUCUGCGAUCGUUAGACAGAGAGGUGCACAGGUGCGUGAAAGAAGAUGAACUGGCUUGUAGGUGUCCUCGCUGUGUGCGUCCUCGUACCCAGCAUCCAGUGUGCCUCAGAUACAAUUGAGUGGUGUUAUCAUCUGCCAACCUGCAAUGACACUACCUGGCCAACCAUUGCUCCUCAGUAUUGCAGUGGCUCCCGGCAGUCGCCCAUUAAUAUCGUCUCAGCAUCUGCCCAACCUAAUGCCAACCUGACUGCAUUCACCUUUCGUAACUUCAGUAGCACUACUGCCUUGAAUAAGAUUGAAAACACCGGCAAGACAAUUAAAGUCACCUUUAACAGUGGUGUUGGCGUUUCGGGUGGAGAUUUGCCCGAGGCCUAUGACAGCCUCCAGUUCCACUUGCAUUGGGGUAAUGGCUCGUCUGUCCCAGGCUCCGAGCACACUGUGAAUGGCAAGCGCUAUCCCAUGGAGUUACACAUUGUGAACAUCAAGUCAUCCCACAAUGGGAACACAACUCAGGCCAUUGCAGACUCUACAGGCCUUGCUGCUCUCGGUUUUUUUAUUGAGGAAAUGUCAGGUAAUGCAACGGGCCAACCUGAAAGCUGGAAAACUUUGACUUCCUACCUGGCCAACAUCACGCAGAGCGGCCAGUCUGCUUCAUUGGCUCCUGGAAUUUCACUGGACGAUCUCCUGACUGGGGUGGAUCGUGAAAGUUACUACCGUUAUCUUGGUUCCUUGACCACCCCCACUUGCAACGAGGCUGUGAUUUGGACUGUGUUCAAGGAUUCAGUCAAAGUCAGCAAAGAUUUGAUUGACCUCUUCAGCACCACAUUACACGUCUCCAACAGCUCGUCGCCUUUAAUGAUCAAUGUCUACAGAAACAUCCAGCCAUCACAACGGGUUACAACACAGGCUGCACGCAGCUCUGCCUCCACAACCUGCUACUCUCUGGGGCUGAUGGCCCUGAGCCUUGCUCUGGGGAGGAGUUAAAAAAACUAAAAAACGAGAUGGGAGGGUGGUCUGAAUCUGUUGUGUGUCAGCAACUUGUAGUGUUGCUGGUAAACUUGUUGGCAAUGGGGGUAUGCCCUUUUUUCACCAUCAUUUAUCACUUUCCCCAUGUAAUUGGUCUGAUUUCAGCCUUGUCAAUACAUAAAAUAUGCACUCUACGAAUCAUGAGUGCCUUUAAUUAAAGACGCACAAAGUAUUUUCACAUCCAAGUACGUCUGAGCCAACACCUUUCCAUCUGGUUCAUAAUAAUGCUGUUCUGAUGUUAAAAACAUUCAAUGUGAAGUAAUCUGUUGUAUGCAUAUUUGCACCCACUGUACUGCAUUUGUUGUGAUGCAAACAAGAAGUUAGCAAUUUGUUUUGAAUAAUUCAGGUAACUCGUGUCUGUCUUUUCAGCUGCCAAAGCUACCUUCAGGUGUCUGAAUCUAUGCAAUUGCACUGCAAGUUUACUGGGAGGAUGAAAUAAUGGUGUUUUAGAAAUCCACUUUAAAUAAGAGUGUAGCAGUAUUGAGUUAAUGUUGGCAUGUAUCUGUCUAGAGUUAAAAUUGUCAAUGGUUGCUAUUGGUAGUUAAUUUUACACUUUGUAAAUGGAUUUUCUAGUAUUUUGUUCCCAUCAGAGCAGAUGCUAGCAGAUGACAUGUAGCCAUUCUGGCUAACUAAACACUCAAAAAUGAAACCUCUUUCAGUUGGUGUAAUGAAGGAUUGAUGUGUCCACUCAGUCAGAUGAACUUUAUUUAUCACAAUGCUAUACACUCCCUUUUCAACUUAAGCCCUGUGCUGCACUGCUUGAAAAUGUAAACUGAACUGUGACUGUUACCAAAAUAAAAUAAUGGUUUUCAACCA